GUACGCAUGUGAGGAAAUGAGAGGAUGAUCCUGUAUCAUAUUUUCUUAUGUUUAGAAAGUGUGAUUAAUGGGUAAAGGGGAUUUUAAUUAAAGGUCGAUGUUUUCAGAAUGUUGCGUCAUGCUCUUCUGACGGGUUUUUUGACACGAAAUGCCAGUUUCAUUGUUGUAAAGUGCGUCGCAGCUUCAUCAAAUGUGCGCAAGCCAGCUGCUGUCUGUCCUACAGAACGAGUAUAUGAAGGGCCUAUGAGAUUCUUCUGUGAUUCGGUGCCUUUGAGACCACAGAAAUGGGCUGAGAGCAAUAAUGCCAGUACAAACCCCUCUGAUCAUGUGCCGGGAGAAGAUGCCAGUGAUGUUUUUGGCGAAUAUUCCCGAAAUUAUUCAUCCAGACAAACCUUCCGCAAAACAUCCCCGGAGCAGAUGGAUCUGAAAUACACCGAUGCUGAUGGGAAUGACGCUGUUGUGGAGAAGUUCAAAUCCAAAACGGGUCGGAGAAAUACAUCGUAUUGGUAUUUCCUCCAGUGCAAAAAGCUAAUUAAAUCGGGUAAACUCGCUGAGGCAUUAGUUCUGUUUGAACGUGAUAUGCUUAAAGGAGAACGGUUACAGCCUGAGGAGUUUAAUUACACCGUGCUCAUCGGUGGAUGUGGACGCGUAGGAUACCUUAAGAAAGCCUUCCAGCUGUACAAUAAUAUGAAGAAGCGAGGGAUAGAGCCAUCUGAUGCUACAUACACCGCACUGUUCAAUGCUUGUGCAGAGUCGCCGUGGAAACAAGCUGGGCUGGAACAGGCAUUGAAACUCAAGCAAGAGCUGCUCAAGAAGAACGUCCCUGUCAGUGCCAUUACCCAGCAUGCCUUGCUCAAAACAAUAGCACAUGCUGGAGAUCUGAAGUCAUGCUUUCAAAUUCUGCGGGACAUGCUUCAAAGUGGACAACCCAUCACACAAGAGACAUUUCAGUAUCUGUUGAUUGGCUGUGUGAAAGACAAGCUGCAGGGCUUCAGACUUGCUUUACAGGUGUGGCAUCAGAUGCUUAGAAUCGGAAUAAAACCUGACACCCAGAAUUACAGUAUACUCCUGCGUGCAGCACGAGAUUGUGGGAUAGGUGAUCCUGAGCUGGCUUCUGCAUUACUCCUGAGGGGUACAGAAGAGGAGACCCCAAAACUCACAAGUGGAAGGAUAAGCCGCAGGAUGAAAGUCAAAGCGCAGAGCUCAAAUCUUAAGCCAUUAGAUAUGGAUGCAUUUGAGAAAGAGCUAUUUGUAGACACACAUACUCGUAAAUCUCGCAUCCUAAACAUGCACACAAUGAGCAAUGCACAUGCUGAAGAAAGUGAUUUGAUCACUCAGAAGGAAAAAGAUCAAAGCAGAAUACAUGCAUCUCAAGAUGCAACCCAAAUUCUCCCUUUAUCAUUGAGUUCAAAACAGAAGGUUAUAAGUGGCUCUCUGACCUUUCAAUCACAGUUGUCAACACAAAGUGCUGGUCUCCCAAACCUUCUGGACCCUUCGACUUGCCACUCAGGUGUGGUUGCCUUGGCCCCUGUCAAUAGUGCCUCUGAUAGACUUGCGUUAAUUGGAAACCUUGAUGGCUUUUUGGAAAAGAUGGCCAGUGAUGGAUUGGAGCCCACCAUUAAAACCAUCACGCUAUUGGCUGAUGUCAUGGAACCUGGAAGCCAAUCAGUGCAGAGUUUGAUUAGUGUGGCCAAAAAGAGUGGCGUCAAGUUGGAUGUGACUUUUUUUAACAUCCUAAUCAGAAGGAUAGCCAAAAUUGGGGACUUGGAUGGUGCUAAGGCUGUAAAAGCCCUGAUUGUCAAUAGAGGCUUGGUUGCAAAUACACAGACAUUCUGUAGUGUUGCACUGGCUUGCCGAAGACAGAAAGAUGGACUGCAACUGCUUUCUGACAUGGAGUCAUGUGGCCUUGUGCCGAACACUCAUGUGUACAGUGCCCUGAUCAGUCAGGCAGUGAAGCGUUUGGACUAUGCUUAUCUGCAUGAGCUUCUCCGUCACAUGCAUAAACUGCAAGUGCCACCCAAUGAUGUCAUCAUCAGACAGCUGGAGUUUGCAGCUCAGUAUCCGUCCUCCUAUGACAAGUUAAAGUCACAGAACACAUACCUGGAGAAGAUUGAUGGUUUCCGUGGUUUUUACAAAGAAUGGCUGGAGUUCAUGCCUGGUCAAGAAACGCCACAUCCCUGGGACAAAUAUCGGCCCUCAGAUCCACAAACUGAUGAAGAUGAGAUCUCACAAAAUCAAGUUUCUGAAUAAAUCCCAUUCCAGAAAUGUGUUGUACUAGUAAAUGAGUGUCUCUAAGUUUCCUGAACUUAAGUUUAAAUGAAUAAGGAUAAUCUGAGGCUGGUUGUGCAUACGUCAUGUAAGAACUGUCCAAUUGUUGUCUAUAUAUAAUUUUGUGUGUGUGCGUGUGUUGAUUGAAUUGUUAUUAAAUUUAAAGUACAAAAUCAGUAAUCUGUCACAUAUUAUGCCGUUUGCACUUGGCCAUACAAUGGUUCAAAGUUCUAUUCGGGAUGGUAUCCCCAACCUUGAGAGGGAAAUUAUGGCAAAUAAUUUUAACUUGACCCUAAAUCAUUGUUUUGGUAAUUUUUGACCUGAAUCGUUUUUGUUUUUGUAAUAAAAAUGAUUUCCCUCAUCUGAGUGGUACAAAGCUUGGGGACUUUUCCUGCAAUUGCCAUAUGAAAAAAAAAAAUGUGGACUUGAUUCGAUGAGUCUAAGUGGUUGUAAAAAGAAGAGAAACACUCAUCGUGUUCGGGUCAAAUUUGACCCACCGGAGGAAAUGAAUGUGUGAGACCAUAACACAGAGCAAUUCUUUUUUUAUUUGUCAAAUAAAAUCAAUAAAUCAGCCACAAUGCAGAACACACACAUAAAGUAGAGAGACUAUAUUUUUGAGGACAUCUCAUAGAUUGUAUUAUCCAUUAAUUUCAUAUUAGGCUAAUAAUAUUUUCUAUUUCCUAACGCAACCCCUAAACUUAAUCAUCACACAAACCUGUGCACAUCACUAGAUUUGAAGUUCAACAUCAUCUGACCUAUUUAGAUGAUUUAGGCCCAAUUUGUUUUAUUAGGGGAUGGCCCUCAUAAGUGUAGACAUCUGUCCACACAUAUCAGAAAUACUGUCUGACUUUGACCCCUUUGUGACAAAGUUUAUGCUAGAAGUUUGAUGUUUGAAAUAAAUGAUAAUAAUUAAAUACAAAACAAUCACUCUGUCUUUUCUUUGUAAGAGUCAGAUUUGACUGUGAUAGCAUUUUCAGGUGUGACAGCAUAUUGAGGCAUUACUGCAAAAUCUUUGUGUGUGUGUAUGGGGUGGGGGGGUUAAUGUAUAUAAUUGAUUCAGUAUUUUACAUUGUGCUUGUCUGUCUUGUGGGUGGAAUAAAU